GGGGGGGGGGGGGUGCUAGUGACUAUUUUUUUGCUCCAUCCCAAUGCGCGCAGACCGGCGUCGGAGCUCUGCAGCGGAACAAUCGAUCGGCGUAUUGAGCACCCCUGCAUUCAAGCAUUAAAUAGCCGAGAGGUUUUUUCAGCGUGAGGAAUUCGAUGUGUGGCGGGAGUGCGUGAGAUAAGACCGAAAUGCGUGAGACUCACGCUCAAUGCGUGAGACUUGAGAGCCCUGCAGCAACACACAGUAGCCUACACAUCGAAAGUUAGGACUAGCUAACAUCGAGCAGCUGGAGAACCAGGUGUUUUUGUAGGAGAGCAAAAAAGAAGAUGAAAUAUUAGACCUUCAUUCACCGGAUACACAAAAAUACCAGCCACUCUAAAUGAAUGUUUCCCUGUGCUGGUUGUGUAAAAUGUGUUGAACAGGUUAACUUCAGAAAGCAAUAGGAUGUACGGCUAUGUUAGCUUGUUUCGGAGGUCUUCUGCACUUUGUCUGACUAUUUCUACCAGUUGUCAGACUGCUAACGGAGACUCCAGAAAAUUAUUCUCAGACAAGAAGUGAUCUGGCACAUAAUCUCCUGUAAAACAGAUUUAUUUUAAUGAGUCAAAUGUGCAAAAUGAACAAUGACCAUAUUAUGUGUUGAAAUUCUGCUUAUGAAAACCAGAUUUCCGUCAACUAUUCUGAACAGACUUGCCAACUUGGGCUUACAGGAAAUAUGGAGUUGGAUAUGUUAUGUUAUACUAUAAUAUAUAAUACAUGACAGACCAAUCGUCUCUCCUUCCUGUUUAUUCCAUAGGUCCUGGACCUGACUAAGAACCAGCUGAGUGUCUUCCUAUCCUCCAACCCAGUUUGGCCCACGAUGACGAAGCUGUCUAAGCUCUUCCUACGCAACAAUGACCUGAGGUCUCUACACCCUGGUCAGUUCUUAAACUGCCCUGUCCUCACUUUGCUGGACCUGAGUGGGAACCAGAUUGAAUAUCUACCAAUUUUAUUCCUCCGUGGAUUAGCUAAUCUGAAGACGCUGUAUUUGAACUUCAACCAGAUUCAAAUGUUACAGGUUGGUGAAUUGGAGGGGGCCUUCACCCUGACUGAACUCCAUCUGAGCCAUAACAACAUGGCAAAGAUAGAAGAAGGUGUGUUCAAGAACUCCACUGCGUUGGAGAAACUCAUUCUAUCCAGAAACAGAUUCACAAGUGUGGGCGGUGCCACCUUAAAAGGAGCGACCGGUCUCCAGCAUCUUGACCUGAGUGGCAACAUGCUGGCCGCUGUUCCAUCUGAGGCAUUGAGGGACGUGGACCGGCUCAGGUAUCUGCAUCUACAGUCAAACAGCCUCACCGAACUUCCAGAGGAUUGCUUCUCCUCACUGGACCUACUGGUUCAUCUGGACUUGAGCCACAACAAGCUGACCACUCUGUCUGAGGGGUCACUGAGAGGCCUGACCAUGCUGAGCGAGCUGGACUUCAGCUCCAACCUCAUUGAUUCUCUCCCCUCACAAGUCUUCAAGGACCUGAUAAACCUCAAGGUACUCGAUUUGUUCAGGAACAGACUGACAUCUCUUCCUUCCAACGUAUUGAACAACUUGAACAACCUGCAAGAACUACAGCUGGACAGCAAUCAGAUCUCCGCCAUACCACUCGGGGUAUUCGAUUCGCUGUCCAGACUCUACGAGCUCCAGCUUUCCAACAACCGGAUCCUGGAGCUCCACCCUGCUCUGUUCAACAAGCUCAAGUCCCUGCAGAACCUGUACUUGGAGAGCAAUGCUCUGAGGCACCUUCCCAAAGGCCUUUUCCACAAGCUGAGGGCCCUCAGGGAGCUUCACUUCGACGACAACUGCAUCAGGUCUCUACAUCGCUCGGUCUUCCACGGUUUGGGGAAACUAUUUUCACUGAAGCUCUCUCGCAACCAUCUCGUCUCUCUACAGCCGGACCAGUUCAGAGACCUCAUCGGUUUGAAAGAGCUCAGACUCGAUGGAAACCGGAUAGCCAACCUUCAGCCUACAGGCCUGUUCAGGAAUCUAACAAUUCUUAGCACACUGGAUCUGGACAAUAACCGGAUCUCAGAGCUGUCUCCCGAUGACCUCGUAGGGCUGACGCGCCUCAAAGAGCUCAAGCUGAGCUUCAAUCAGCCGCGCGGCAUCCCCUCCGACAGCUUCUAUCACCUCCACUCCCUCCGCAAGCUCCUGCUAAAGAACAACAGGCUGACGAGUUUAAACCUGCGGCUCUUUGCCGGACUCUCAAAGCUCACAGAACUCAACUUGGACGGGAACAAGCUGGGUCACCUCCAGCCGGAUGUGUUUCGAGGACUCGCAAACCUGCAGAAAUUGAGUUUGAAGUGCAACGAGCUGAGAGCAGUGGGGAAUGGGACUUUGGAGCCUUUGAGAAAUCUUAGCUACGUCUAUCUGUCGGGGAACUUGUGGGACUGCACCUGUGCACACAUCUUGUACAUCAGCGAAUGGGUCCACGCGCACAGGGACAAGCUCGGGGACCAGCCCGUCUGCAUCUCCUCUUCUUCCUCGCCCAAGGACAGACCCCUUUCUGAGGCAGCUCAGUUUCCCGGGCUGUCACACCAUCGUUGCAUCGCAAAUGCUGCAAGCGGCUCGGCGCCUUCAUUUCCUGUCGAAAUGCUGAAUCUGCUCACGAUUCCUCUCAUAGCCGCCGGCCCGCUGUGGCAUCCGUUGUAGCGGUUUUGUGCUCUCUGAAUGUUCCUUCCUGCCUUAGCUUUUCAUGUCGGCUCGUUUAGUUUUUUGGGGUCACAAGUUAUUUUGCACUCUACUCGCAAUAUACUGUAAGUUUAAAUACAUUGAAAUGCAUUCGAUAUUAGCAGAGGAUUAAUGUGAUCAUGAAAAAGUGGAUUUAAUGUGGAUAUGAACAUGCUUUAGUAGCACAAAGAAGUGGUGCAGCUUAAAGUUUGGAGUAGUCUCAACAUGAGACAACAGACGAUAGUUUAGUGAUUUACAUGUGUAGCUAAAUAAUGUCAAAAACACCUUUGUGAAAAGAGAUGAGUU